AUGAUCAUGAGAGAUAACUAUCCGGUCUCGCCUCCAAGCGACUACGAUACAACAUACACAUCGAUAUCCACCACUGCCACCCCCGACCCGAAGAAAGCGCACAUCAUCAUCAUGGCAGACGAAAUCGUGCCUUCGCUGCCCGACCCAUCCGUCAAGCUCCAAGGAGCUUUUCGCCGCACCAGGUCACCCCCUCGCAACGAACAAGGUCAGAUGUACUGCGACCACAUCAACUGUCGUGGCAAGAACAUGACCUUUAAGCGAGUGUGUGAAUGGAACAAGCACAUGGACAGACAUGAAAGACCUUACAAGUGUCGUGAGGCCGGCUGCGAACUCAACCCCGGAUUCACCUACUCAGGCGGGCUCCUGAGGCACCAGAGGGAGGUUCACAAGAUGCACCUAUCUACCAAGCAGCCACUGUUCUGCCCCUUUCCCAACUGCAACCGAAGCUCAGGCACCGGCUUCACCAGGAAAGAAAAUCUCGAGGAGCACAAGCGGCGGAGACAUUUGGAGGAGUUGUCAGACCACGGCCCGCACGAAGCGACCUCGCAAGCUGCUGCCGGAACGGCGGCGACCUCGACAAUCGCCCAAGAACCCGCACCCAAGCGACGAAGGAUCUCGACGGCAACAGAAGGACAGGGGCAGGGGCAGGGGCAGGGGCAGGGGCAGCAACAUCUCGGCAGCGACGUGGUGGCACCCAACAUUGACAACAUUGUCGGAAGCGCCGAGAGCCAGUUGAUCCAGCAUCUCAGAGAAGAGCUGCGACAGAAGGAGGAAUUUAUUCGCCGCCAAGCGGCCGAGAUUCACCGCCUGCAGAAUCUGUUGCGCAGUUUGCCACCACAGGCGAUAUAUCAUAUGCAAAACCGGAUGCCUGGCAGUGGCGUGGGAUGA